UACACUUUUUAUUCAUUAAACUGCAAUUCCUGCUUCAGUGCUGCUAUAUUUUACAAUCAAGAUUGAACCUUUCCUGUGUUCUUCAUUAACAAAAUGGUUGCUUCUCAACUCUGCACAUGGAUGGUGACAACGUGCGUGUCUGCGCCAAAUGAAUGGGAGAUUUGUGGCCAGUCAUCGAGGCGUUGGAGAUUCUCCAAGAAGCUGAUUAAGAGGAGGGAUUUCGGGGCUCCGAUAAGGAGGAAAAGAGGUGGGAGCUUUAUGUCUGCUCUGUAUGGUUCUGGAAAGAACAGUUUGAUGAAAGUUUGUCCAAUGGAAAACUGCUGUAAUGUUUCUUGUGUUUAUGUCUCCGGAGACAAUGCUCUGUCUUCUUUCGGCCGGCCAGUCAGCCGCCCGGAGCAAAGACAACUGUGUCAGGCAGCUUCUCAUGCUGAUAACACCUUGGCAGAAGCUGAACAUCCUGUUAAACCAUCCAUGCCGCCGAAAAAGAAGGGUGCCGUGAAGAAGAGGCGGGUUGUAGUUACAGGACUCGGUGUUGUAACACCACUUGGUCAUGAAGCAGAUGAGUUUUACAACAAGCUGUUGGCCGGCGUCAGUGGCAUCAGCCUGAUCGAGUCGUUUGAUUGCACUCCAUUUCCUACUAAAAUCGCGGGAGAAAUCAAGAGUUUCUCAACUGAUGGUUGGGUUGCGCCGAAGCUUUCAAAGAGGGCUGAUAAGUUCAUGCUUUACUUGAUGACUGCUGGCAAGAAGGCUUUGGCGGAUGGUGGGAUUACGGAUGAGGUCUCGGCUGAGUUAGACAAGUCCAAGUGUGGGGUGAUUAUUGGAUCUUCUCUUGGAGGCCUUAAGGUUUUGAAUGAUUCUAUUGAAGCAUUAAGGAUAUCUCCCAAAAAGAUGAGUCCUUUCUGUGUGCCUUAUGCAACCAUCAAUAUGGGCUCUGCGAUCCUCGCAAUUGAUUUGGGGUGGAUGGGUCCAAAUUAUUCGAUAUCUGCAGCCUGUGCAACAAGCAACUUCUGUAUACUAAAUGCAGCAAGCCAUAUCAGAAGAGGUGACUCAGAUCUGAUGCUCUGCGGUGGAUCUGAUUCAGCGCUUAUUCCCAUCGGAAUGGGAGGAUUGGCAGCCUGCAAAGUCCUGUCUUGCAGGAAUGAUAAUCCAGCAAAAGCAUCUCGUCCAUGGGACGCGGGCUCUGAUGGAUUUGUACUAGGCGAAGGCGCCGGCGUGCUGCUAUUGGAAGAACUAGAGCAUGCCAAGAUGAGAGGUGCGAAGAUCUAUGCAGAGUUUCUUGGAGGAAGCUUCACGUGCGAUGCAUAUCACAUAAAUAGGCCACACCCUGAUGGGAGUGGGAUUGUCCAUUGUCUGGAGAAGGCAUUGGAGGAAUCAGGCGUGGCCAGGGAAGACGUCAACUACAUAAACGCGCAUGCAAUAUCGAUGCCAUCCGAUAUGGAAGAAUACCGUGCUGUUGUUCAAUGUUUCAGGCAAAACAGUCAGCUACGGAUGAACGCCACGAAGUGCAUGAUCGGUCAUUUACUUGGCGCGGCUGGUGCUGUUGAAGCUGUUGCGACUGUCAAGGCGAUACAGACGGGGUUGAUCCAUCCGAAUAUCAACUUCGAACAGCCAAAUGAAAGCCUGUCAGCAGAGGAUGCAAGAAUACUGGUGGGAUCAAAGAGGGAAGAGUUAGAAGUGAAAGUAGCAGCCUCUAAUUCUUUUGGAUUUGGGGGACAUAACUCAUCCAUUUUGUUCGCACCAUACAAGGAAUGAAAGUGGUCUACCUGAUCUGAACUACGACUCUGAUCACCAUCUACAGCUACAAGAAUGUCCAGCAUCAACUGGAUUCAUUGAUUGUUUGAUUGUUUUCCAAUAAUCAUAAGACUCUGAUUAUCACUGUGAUUGUCAACACUCAUUAUAUCAAAUGAUAAAAUGAAUAGCUAAGAAAAUAAUCAGCACU